AACCGCCGCGUUAAACCCCCGAUUCUCCAACGUUGACGAACGGACUGCACGUCUGCACUGCGGGCAGGGGACGGUUCCUCGUCGCCUCCUCCUCCUCCGUUGGCUAUUUCCCUUCCCUUCCACGCUUCCAAGAAGGGAUUGUUACAAGGGAUGGGGGGCAGUGGUGGCGGCGGCAAGCCGCCGGCAUGGGAGUUCCACGCAACGGGGCCGCGCAACCUCUCCAACCCCAGCUGGAGGGACCUUAUCCGCUCUACCUCUACCUGGACGGAUCCCAGCUACAGAAGAAUUGCAAUUUCGUGCUUCGUGCAGGCCGCAUAUCUUCUGGAGUUUGACAGGCAAGAGAAUAGAACCGGUGAAAACGCCCUCGCUCCUAACUGGUGGAAGCCAUUCAAAUAUAAGCUGGUAUGUUCUUUGAUUGAUUCGAGAGACGAAUCCAUAUACGGGGCACUUCUAGAAUGGGACCAGCUUGCUGCACUAUCAGACCUGAUAAUGCUGAGGCCUAAUGGUGCUCCAAAGGCUGUCCUUGCACUGAGGGGAACAAUAUUGAAGCAGUUAACUGUUGCGAGAGACUUGGAGGAUGACUUAAGGUUCUUUGCACGGGAGAGCUUGAGGAGUUCUGUCAGGUUCGUUGGAGCGUUGGAGGUGCUCAAGUCGGCAAUCGAUAAACAUGGCAGCAACAAUGUGUGCAUUGCUGGGCAUUCCUUGGGUGCUGGCUUUGCUAUGCAGGUUGGGAAGACUUUGGCUCAGGAUGGAAUCUUUGUGGAAUGCCAUUUGUUUAACCCACCAUCAGUGUCACUUGGCAUGGGCCUAAGGAAACUUCAAGAGAAAGCCGACAAGGUCUUCAAGCGAUACAUCAGUGGCAGCUCCUCAAAUGCAGGCGAAAUUUCUUGCCCGAGAGAGAAGGGAGAAAUUGCCUCUGAAAUUGGGGAAGAAAAGCUGAUCAAGGAGGUGAAAAGAUGGGUGCCGAACCUGUACAUCAACAACUGUGACUACAUUUGCUGCUUUUAUCUUGACCGUAGUGGUGAAGCCACCGUUGCUGCUGAGAAGCAUGAUGACAGUCAUUCCGAUGCGCGUGCCAAGGUGUUUGUGAUUACCAAAGGACCACAGAAGUUCCUUAAAGCUCAUGGGCUGCAGCAAUGGUGGUCGGAUGAUUCUGAGCUCCAUCUAGCUGUACAUGAUAGCAAGCUCAUGUAUAGGCACCUGAAGUCCCUGUAUGUCAAAGAAUCGUAGCAAAAACCAAUGUCAUUGUGAUGUCUGUCUCGUGUUCUAAGUCAAAUCAAUGAAGCCAACUUGCGGAAACUGAUGGUACAAGACAACUGAAGUACAUGCCAUGUUAAGAAAUGGAAAUGUACUACCUUUAAUACUACGUACCACUUAUAUCAUACAAUCUGCUCAAAGGGACGCCGAUUGAGUUAACACUAUACUUGUGAUUAUGUUGCGGAUCAGUUUGGUGGAAACCAGUUUCGCUAA